CUCUCUUGCACAGAGGUUGCUAGCAGGCUGCACUCUGCCUGCCAGAAAGUGCCUCUGUCUGCCAUGAAGCUAACAGGGGUUUUUGUGAGGGCAGCUCUAGCUGUCUGCUGCUGCUUAGGUACUGCAUUUGGAGUUGAGGUUGAUUGCAGUCAGUAUUCCAGUGGCGUUGGCAAGGAUGAGACAUCCUGGGUAGCUUGCCCAAGGAUCAUGAAGCCAGUCUGUGGUACUGAUGGCACCACGUACAGCAAUGAGUGUGGGAUCUGCCAGCAUAACAGGGAACACAGGACUUCUGUGGAGAAAGCACACGAUGGAGAAUGUGAGCCAAAAGCUAUUGUGAUCAAUUGCAGUAAGUACCGAAGAAUGGAAAGCAAUGGGCAUGUCAUGGUAGCCUGCCCGAGGAUGCUGGAACCAGUGUGUGGAUCAGAUAGCUUAACUUAUGACAACGAAUGUGGGAUCUGUGCCUUUAAUGCAGAACAUCACGCCAAUAUUAGCAAAAUACAUGAUGGAGAAUGCAAGCACGACAUUGGGAAUGUUGACUGCAGUCAAUACCCACGAGAAGUCACUAAAGAUGGUAAAGAACUAGUAGCCUGUCCAAGGUUCCUGAAUCCAGUUUGUGGCACAGAUGGCAUUACGUACAGUAACGAAUGUGAGAUCUGUGCCCACAAUGGAGAACACGGAACUCAUGUUAGCAAAAAGCAUAAAGGGAAAUGCAGACCAAAGUCUUCUGAGGUUGAUUGCAGCCAGUACCCCUCAAGAACAUUUAAGGGUGGUAAACCCCUGAUACGCUGCCCAAGGAUCUUGCUCCCAGUCUGUGGCACAGAUGGAUUUACUUAUGAUAAUGAAUGUGGGAUCUGUGCACAUAACCUAGCUCUUGGGACUGAUGUUAAGAAAAGCCAUGAGGGAAAGUGCAAAGAGGAAAGUACUCCUGUUGAGUGCAAAACAUACCUGAGCAAUACCCAAACUGGGGAAGCCAUCACAGCCUGUCCCUACAUUCUGCGUGAGAUCUGUGGGACAGAUGGUGUCACCUACAGCAAUGACUGUGCUCUGUGUGCCCAUAACAUUGAAUUUGGAACUGAUGUUGCCAAGAAACAUGAUGGGAAGUGCGUAGAGGAAGCUCCCCAGCUCGACUGCAGCCAGUACCGAACCUCCACAGUGAAGGAUGGCAAACAGCUGGUGGCCUGCACCAUGAUCUAUGAUCCUGUCUGUGGUACUGAUGGUGUCACUUAUGCCAGCGAGUGCACACUGUGUGCCCACAACCUGGAGCAUCGUACCAAUCUUGGCAAAAGAAAGAACGGACGCUGUGAAGAGGAUAUUACAAGAGAGCACUGCAAGGGCCUUGAAAUCUCUCCUAUAUGCACCAUGGAACUGACGCCCCACUGUGGCUCUGAUGGCAUAACAUACAGCAACAGAUGUCUUUUCUGCAAUGCCUACCUAAUGAGCAAUAGGACCCUCAACCUUGUGAGUAUGGCCGAGUGUUAAGUCUGUGCUGAAGUCCAGCUCAGGAAGACAAACUCCCCUCCGUGUGAUUGCCUAGGGGAUGAUCUUCUCCAGCAGCUUCCCUUCAGUUUUACUCAUUUCCUUAGCUCCUGAAACACUUGUUCAAUAAACUCAUUCGGCAAUAUUU